UAAGCGGGACAGCUGAUGUGAGAAGUGAAAAUAUAGACUGCCUUACCUGUGCUCUGGUUGUGAUUACAGUUCUGGUAGCACAGUCUGUCAGUCAGCAACGCAGUGCUAACGACGACGUCUGCAGGGGAUCUGGUGUCAGUCCCAACAGUGGGUCAGCGGGAGAAAAUUGUUCGGUUUCUCCGAUAUUUACUACUUACAAAGACACUAUGGAGCUGUUACAACGGAACCUGUUUCUAGUCACCUGCAUCGUUCUGAUUCUUGGCCUACAUGCUGAUGGAGGUGGCGGACCUACAAGCCGGAAGGGUCCGCGAUCACCGAUUCUGGGAGGAGACCAGUCCACAGCGUCAGCUUGGUGGCAGGAGGAUAUCAGCAGUCCAGGACUACAGCAGCAGCCUUCUGAGAUCGCUGACAAUACAAACUUCUUCACGUCGACUCACGGCUUGGUGCAGACCCACCCUCUGGGUGGAGGUGGCAGCGAUAUCUUCGGUCAACAGCCUGGGCUCCGCACCAUCGACUUCGGACAACGAGGCCUUCUUGAGCUGAGGAGAAACCCCUCUCUGUCCAGCCCAGAAGAAUGCGCCAGGGCCUGCCGAGAAGAUGAGCCUCCACGGAUCUGCUACUACCACUUCACACUGGAACUCUACAAUGUGUUGGGGGCAGCGUGCCAAGUUUGCACUCCCAAUGCCACCAACCAUGUGUGGAGUCAUUGCCAAUGCGUCUUGGCUGACGGCGUCGAGAGGGGGAUCCUCACUGUUAACAGAAUGCUGCCUGGACCCAGCAUCCAG